GCAAAUUUUAGAUUUCAGAUGAUGGAAAGAAUCCUAUAUUAAGUGAUUCGUAUGUAAAAUAUUAAUCCGUAACUGAUGGACAAAAUAGAAUCUCAGACCUGUAGUGAUUUGAACUUCAAUAUACCUCCUACAGUUGAUCCAGAUGAUAACUCCCCUAAAAUCGUCACAUAUAAGAAGGAAACUGAUCAACCUAACAAGAACAAUACAAACGAUACAUCAUCCAAGCCGGAUAAGUGGAAACCUCUGCUAAAGAAUGGGGAGCUCGAAUCUUUCGAAAUUACCUGUCGCAAAAUUCAGGGUAACCUAAACAAGCUGACUAUCGAAAAGUUCGAAACCUUGGCAGAAAAAAUCGCAAUUCAAUGUGAAUCUUUAAGCAAUUACGAAGAAUUACAAAAAAUAGUUGAUAUUAUAAUUGAUAAGGCCGUUUUGGAACCUGACUGGUCCGAAAUGUAUUCAGAUUUAUGCCAAAUUCUGUACUGGAGAUCACGAGAAUACGAUAUAGGAACAAAAAAGGUGUCAUUUUCCAGCGCACUUCUGAACAAAAUCCAACGUGAAUAUGAAAGUACACCAAAAAACUUCGAUUUCACAACCUUCACUGAAGAUCAGGAGGUUUCAGUUAAGAAGCUAAAAACGAGGACUUUGGGUACAGUGAAGAUGAUCGGCGAGUUGUUUCAGAGGAAAAUGCUCGGAUUUAAAAUUGUAAACAAGGUUGUUUUCGACCUGGUAAUGAACCAAGAACCACAUGAACACCUCAUAGAAUGUUUCAUACAGUUGAUCUAUGGAACAGGUUACUAUAUCGAUAAGAACCCAAACCUACGACCAGUUUUGGAUUUGUGGUUUGGACGCCUCAAAGAACUGGCCCAGAGAAAGGAAUAUUCAAAGAGGAUCAAAUGUCUGAUCCAAGACGUACUAAAUUUGCCAAAAGCCCAAUGGCAUAAGAAAGUCCAUAGAGAAAACGCAAAAUCAUUAACGGACUUGCGAGAAAAGGUCAAUUCCGAGGAUAUCCUUGGGGGAUCGGCUCUCGCGGCUCAGUUUGGUGAUAUCGUCAUUGUUGGCCAGAGGUAUAAUUUACAUGCUAGCUGUACCUACGGAGAUUACAUGAAACAACAAGAAGAGUUAUUCAAGGUCAAAAAAGCAAACGAAACUUCCCGAUAACUUGUACUUAUAGAUUGAGCUCUUCUCG